AUGGAAGCAUUCCUAAAGGAAUCAACAAGUUUCAAAAUCGAAGUACACGGGUUGAAGACACUUAAGAUGGCAAGAAAUAAAUUUAGUGGCUCAAUUCCAAAUAGUCUAGGAGAUUUAGCAUCCCUUGUGACCUUAGAUUUAUCAUCAAUCAAUCUCACUGGCCCAAUUCCUGAGAGUAUAGAAAAGCUUGAGUAUAUGGUGAGGUUAAAUUUAUCUUUCAACAAAUUGGAAGGAGGGGUUCCUAUGAAAGGUGGUUUUAUGAACCUAAGCCAGGUUGAUCUCCAAGGUAACAACAUAUUAUGUGGCCGUAACAAUCAAGUUAUGUACAAGUCGGGAUUCACUUUGUGUGUUGCAGGUAAAAAAAACAAGAGAAACAUUUUACUCCCUAUCAUACUAGGGAUUAUAGGUGUGAUUGUUUUGUUCGCUUCAAUGCUCUAUCUGUUGUGGCUGCUAAUAUUCUUAAAGAAACAUGAGGAGGAGAAAAGUAGUUUGUCAUCAACUCUUCUUAAGGGUUUUCCUCAAGAUAUAUCCUAUGGUGAUAUUAGGCUUGCUACAGACAAUUUUUCUGCUACAAACUUGGUAGGAAAAGGAGGCUUUGAUUCUGUUUACAAGGGUGUGUUCAACACCAGCACUUACGAAAGUCAAACCACCAUACUUGCUGUUAAAGUUGUUGAUGCAGAAUGCGAAGCUUUGAAAAACAUUAGGCAUGGGAAUCUUGUUGAGGUGAUCACUUCUUGUUAUUCAUGUGGCAUCUGCCAUGGACUACUUGCACCAUGCUGUGAUCCACCAAUAGUCCGUUGUGAUCUUAAACCUGCCAAUGUCCUGCUAGAUGAAGAUAUGGUUGCACAUGUAGCAAAUUUUGGAUUGGCAAGCAGCGAUAGUGAUAGGGGUGAAUCAGGCGACAUCAGCUAUAGUGAUGGUAGUAACACAUACUGGACUGACAAAGCUGAGGAGUGCAUAGUUGCUGCAAUGAGAAUCGGCUUGUCCUGA